UCCAGAGCACAAUGUCGGAUCUAACCUACACGCUACAUUACCUGGGCUGCUCUACUUUGUCGAAAGGAACCACCGGAUUGGGAUCAAUACAGAAACCUUUGAAAGAGCAUUACUUCAACUUCCACAAGAAAGUCACCAAAUCACCAGCCGAAGUCUACAUGCAAAUCACCUACAAAGGAUUAGACAUAUUAACUUCAAAUGGAUCUGGUAGUGGAAGCUUCUUAAAAAAUACUCAUUAUGAUUUUAAUAUGAUCAAUUACAUGGAAGCAGUUCAGUUUACGAUAAACAAGAACAAUACACGGAAGACCCAGUUUGCUUUUAUGCCUCUUGAUGAGAAACGUAUUGUUAGGUCUCCAGACAAACUCUUUUCUACUCUGGAAAAGAAAAACAAUUAUCUACUGAAAAUCUCUCAUCAGCCUAUUGUUGUCUGUUUAUUAAGGCGUCAGGCAGGUUUAAAAGCUUUGGACUGCCAUGUUUUUCUUUCUUUGUCAACGACAGAUGCUACUAAAAUUGUGGAGAGUUUUAAUUUCAUGCAACAAAAAUCCAUGCAAAAAGAAUACAUUGGUGACUUUGGUGCUGCUUCACAAAAUGCCUACCCCAAAGACCCCAGAACAAAUGAAAUGAACUUCCACCCUCUUCCAGAAAAUCAAGCUGUUGGCAGUAACGCCAUGGCAUCUGGACAAUACCCGCCAUCUCACCCUAAUGAACGCUACCAACUGCGUGAUGAGUACUUCCGGCACCAAGUGCAUGAUGACUGGGCCUUAGAUGAUAAUAACAGGUUUCCUGAUGUCCGCAGCCAACAUCCGUAUGGGCAACCACAGCCUUAUAAUCAGCAACCACCAUUCCCUGGUUCACCCCACCAAAACAGACAAGUGCAACUCUCUAGAGGACAUUCUUACUAUGAAAGACCUACUGCCAAUCGAGAAGGCCAAGCUGAUUAUCCUCAUAAUCAAGAAAACCGCCAAAGGUUUCCUUCGAAGUAUGGUCGUCCAAUGAGUGAAAAUAUUCGAGGCUAUGGACAAUAUCCAAAUUAUGAUGAACAACAGAGACAGGCAGGGGAAUUACAUGCAAUGACACAGAAAACAAAUGCUAGUGAGUCAUACUCUCCAAAAAUGCCACACUCACAACAGUAUCAACCAAAUUCAUUUACUUCAGAGCCAUUGAAUCAUUCUGGGCCUAUGUUUUCACUCUCAAACCUUGAAAGCCGGCAGCAGUUUGACAGAAGCGAUACUGGUCAGUCAUUUGAAGCAGCACGCAACAAGCCCAUUGCAAAAGUACCGCCCCACAAAAUAGCUGGAGUAAAAGUGUUGCCAACAGCAUUUGAAUUACCUAAAAGACCGAUUUCACCUAAACCAUCUCAUCAGGAAUAUGAUAACAGUGCCAAACUUUCUGCCAAUGAGACCAACUGGGAUAAGGAAGUUGUGCAAUAUAGACAUAGCAGUCAUGACCAUAGAACGCCUAACAACCGUUAUUCAAAUGCCUAUGCCUUUGAUUCAAAGUCUGGUGAAGGCAGCAGAAAUCACCUUCGUUCUUCAUUGUCAGCUGGUGAACCAAGACCUAUGUCAAUGGCUACAGCUAAUGAUUAUUACAAAAGUCAAAUACCUACAAUGUCACAGAAUGACAUCUACAGGCAAUACCAGACAAACCACUACCCUAACCAGUUGAACCCAAACUACAACCCAGCUGUAAGGGACAGGCAAUACAAACCAGAUAUGUCUGUUGAACAAGACAGACAUUCACAUGCAAAUGAAGAUGCGAUGCGAAGGCAGGAGUAUAGUCAUAAUUAUAAGCAGUAUGCUGCUAGUAACCCACAUCUAAACAUUGGCAGUAAAGAGGCAGAAAUUGCUUCUAUGUUUCAAAAUAUUGAAAUUGAGAGACAACACAUACAGUCAAACUACAAUCGACAUGAUAACAUGAACUUUGAGAAAUCAUUAGGCUAUUACCCUUGAUUAAUAUUGAUCUGAUGUCUUCCAUCUGUCUGUCUUAUGUGUCUCGAAGUGUUUUGUGUCGGACUACAUGGGGAAGCUUAGCUUAUAUUGGACAGAAGCAGUUUCCAAGUAUAUUACGCUCAUCGAACAUAAAAUUUGUUGAUAAAUCAAAUACAAGAAAUCUCAAUGAACUUUCACUUAUAGUUGUGAGAGAGACAAAUAUAUAUAUAUAUAUAUAUACACACACACAUACAUAUGUACAUAUGUAUGUAUGUAUGUAUGUAUGUAUGUAUGUAUGUAUGUAUCUAUCUAUGUAUGUAUGUAUGUAUGUAUUUUAUGAAUGUACGAAGAAAGAGGAGGGAAGGAGGCAAGAGAGAAAAAGUGGAAAGGAGAAAGAGAAAAACAUGGCAUACAGAUUUCCUCAAAAGGUGUACCCCCAACCAUCUUGAAUAUUUUUUAAUACAUAUAU